AUUGAUGUUAAAACAUUGGCUAUUGGUCAAAAUAAUAUAUAACGACUUUAAUUAUUGGAUACAUUUCUUAUAUAAGCGGAAAAACGAACCAGUGCGUUCUGUUUCUUCCGUAACGUGUUGCAGAAGAAUACUUAACAUUUGCCUUCACAAUCUAAGAUGGCCGACUUCAAGCUGAGCGAGGACAUUAAGAGUAGUGAUCCAGAGAUGUACGACUUGAUCCGUGAGGAGAAGCAGAGACAGAAGAGAGGUCUAGAGAUGAUCGCGUCGGAGAACUUCGCCAGCAAGUCGGUACUGCAGGCUCUCGGCUCGUGUCUCAGCAACAAGUAUUCAGAGGGCCAACCCGGACAAAGGUAUUAUGGAGGGAAUGAAGUCAUUGAUAAAAUUGAACGACUUUGCCAGAAGAGGGCACUGGAAGCAUUUGGACUUGACCCACAGUUGUGGGGCGUCAAUGUUCAGCCUCUCUCUGGUUCCCCGGCAAACUUUGCUGUUUACACUGGGGUUGUCGAACCGCAUGGCAGGAUUAUGGGAUUGUAUUUACCUGACGGGGGCCAUCUUAGUCACGGCUUCAUGACUCAGCAGAAGAAAGUGUCGGCCACAUCUGUUUUCUUCGAAUCGUUUCCAUACAAAAUCGACCCAGACACAGGUCUCAUAGACUAUGACCAGCUUCACAAGAAUGCUCUGCUGUUCCUUCCAAGGAUGAUUGUUGCAGGUAUUAGCUGUUACUCCCGACAUCUGGACUACAAGAGGUUUCGUGAAAUAGCUGAUGAUGUUGGAGCCUAUCUGCUGGCAGACAUGGCUCAUGUCAGUGGUCUUGUGGCGGUUGGAUGUGCACCAAACCCUUUUGAAUACUGUGAUAUUGUUUCCACGACGACACACAAAACGCUCCGUGGACCCAGAUCAGGCAUAAUUUUCUUCAGGAAAGGUGUGAGAAAAACUCUGAAGAAUGGUGAAAAGGUGAUGUAUGACCUUGAAAAGAAGAUCAACGAUGCAGUGUUCCCUGGUCUUCAGGGUGGCCCCCAUAACCACCAGAUUGCCGCGGUUGCAGUAGCACUGAAACAGGUGAUGGAUCCUGCGUUCAAGACGUACCAGCAACAGGUGUUGUCCAACGCCAAGACGCUGUGUUCUGCGCUGCAGAGUAAGGGAUACUAUAUUGUGUCAGGUGGAACUGACAACCAUCUCGUCUUGUUGGACCUGCGACCGAACAAGCUGGACGGUGCCCGAGCAGAAAAGGUUCUUGAGGAAAUAGGAAUUGCCGUCAACAAGAACACAUGUCCCGGAGACAAGAGUGCACUCAAACCGAGUGGACUAAGAAUAGGAACCCCGGCCCUGACAUCGAGGAACAUGAAGGAAGACGACUUGAAGAAAGUGGUCGACUUCAUUGAUAUGGGAAUCAAGCUGACACAAGAAAUACAUUCAUCUUGUGGUCCCAUGCUUAAAGACUUUAAAGCCAAACUUGCUGAGGAUCCGGAUGUUGUGGCCAAAGUGAAAGCAGUUAAAACUCAGGUGGAGGAAUUCGCUCUUCAGUUUCCACUGCCAGGCUUCGAAGAGUGGUAAUCAUGUCGUUAGCUUUAUCAACAUUAUGGAACAAUAAUGAAGUGCUCAGGUUCAUCAUUGAGCACACUGGGGGAAGGAAACGAUUAUGGCAAAUAUGUUUUGGAGGAGGAUACUUAAUUUAUGUAUAUCUAGCAGCAGUACUAAUUAUAUAAUAUAAUGGUCUCCUUUUGUCGCCAUAUAACCGUAAAACAAAUGUGUUGAGUGCAUCAUUAAAUAAAAUAUUUCCUUUCCUUUCCUUUUGUUCCAUUCAGAAUACAAUCUUCAAAAGCAAGUUUCAGAAGAUUGAACUAAAUUUGUAGACAAAACUGUAUAUGUCUAUGUAUGUCUGUCUGUCUGUCUGUCUGUUUGUUUGUGUGUGUGCGCACGCAGCUUAUAUACAGCACUGGGUCUAGGAAUAUUUACUAUAUUGCACAUGCUUCAAUUGUUGUUUUCAUUAAAUAAUUUGCAAUGAAGAGUGUUUCAGAUGGUACGAAAAGGAUACCCUUAUAUGAAAUGUUCCCAAAAUUAUUUUUUGUAUUCCGUUUUAAGCUUCAGUCUAUUAGGUGUUCUAACAUAACAUAAUGUAUGUUUUUGUGCUCAUAUCUUGAUUUUGUCCAAAUAACCUUUGGAAUGUUCUGGACAGAAAUGAGAUUUUGUCUUUUUAAUCUUACAAUAACUAAGAACUUUGACCCAUUCUCUGGGAAAUGAGGUCUGAAAGCUGUCUGAGGGCAUUUCCACUGUAGACCUGCUGACUUGAACCUGGCCACUUGAAUACGAAGCAAGUUUAGAAAACAUGUUACAAAAAUUCAAAACUAUUCAUUUGAAAUUCUGGGAAUGCUGUGCGCUGACAAAAUGAUAAAACAAACUACUUGUGGCUGAAAGUCGGCAAAUUAUAUUGAUUUAUCACCAGAAUCACUUUUAUUUCCGCAGUCAAACUGGUGUUGUUCACAUGUGAUGGUAAAACAGAAGCAAUUUUUAUAUUAUACCAACAAAUUAUUGUGAAUUAGUGUAAAUAAUGAUACAAGAAUACCAAUAAGAUGUUCAAAUUCCAUUCGAAAAUACACAUUUACUGAAUUUCACUGUGUAAUGUCUGGUCGAGGCCUUUGGACGCUUGUUGAGACAUUGACUAAAAUUGAGGUCUUCCAGCGUAGGUUUGGUCGGUGCACCAGUCCACAUUCCUCAAAUUCCAAUAGAUUAUUUUUAAUUGAGUUUUCUUGCAUUCAAGUGGCCAGAUCCAAAGCAGGUAUAGUGAAAAUGAACGCAGGCUUUUGGUAUGCUCAAUAUUGUGUUAAGACCUUCUCGUUUCCCAGGCGUGCCACUGUUUGGACCUCCAUGUAAAUAUGGAGGACAAUAUAGGAUGAUUCGGAAGAGCCAAAUUAAUGAAGUAUAUUUAUCCACUGGUCAUGUGAGCCACAUUUGAAAUUAAAUUUGUAAUGAUCAUCUUUGUUAAAUUCAGCGCAUAGUAUACACAUUGUAUUGCUUUAUUGUUAAUCAUAAAGUAUUUGUACAGAAAUUGUAUGCAUUGCCUUAUUGUUGAUCAUAAAGUAUUUGUACAGAAAUUGUAUGCAUUGCCUUAUUGUUGAUCAUAAAGUAUCUGUACAGAAAUUGUAUGCAUUGCCUUAUUGUUGAUCAUAAAGUAUCUGUACAGAAAUUGUAUACAUUGCCUUAUUGUUGAUCAUGAAGUAUACAAAACUGUAUACAUUGCCUUAUUGUCGAUCAUAAAGUAUACAGAAACUGUAUACAUUGCCUUAUUGUUGAUCAUAAAGUAUCUAUACAGAAACUAUACAUUGCCUUAUUGUCGAUCAUAAAGUAUACAGAAACUAUACAUUGCCUUGUUGUUGAUCAUGAAGUAUACAGAAACUGUAUACAUUGCCUUAUUGUCGAUCAUAAAGUAUACAGAAACUGUAUACAUUGCCUUAUUGUCGAUCAUAAAGUAUACAGAAACUGUAUACAUUGCCUUAUUGUCGAUCAUAAAGUAUCCAGAAACUGUAUUCAUUGCCUUAUUGUUGAUCAUAAAGUAUCUAUACAGAAACUAUACAUUGCCUUAUUGUCGAUCAUAAAGUAUACAGAAACUGUAUACAUUGCCUUGUUGUUGAUCAUGAAGUAUACAGAAACUGUAUACAUUGCCUUAUUGUCGAUCAUAAAGUAUCUAUACAGAAAUUAUACAUUGCCUUAUUGUUGAUCAUAAAAUGUUUAUACAAAAA